AUGGCGCAAAACUUGAUAAAAGGCAAGAAAAUACUAAAAAAGGAAGAAUUAAUUAAAGCUGGAGAAUAUUAUAUAAGAUCUACCAUAUUAGGUGCACUUAUUAGUGGUAGUUCUAGCACAAUUGUUUGUAUUCUAAGAUGGAUGAGUGGACGCAAAAUGAACUACUACAAUUACAUACUAAUCCCAGGCACUUUGAAUGGAGUGUUUAUAAGUCUCGAGCCACCGAAAAGGCGAGGUUUAGUCAUAAAUUUAUUUUGUAAUUUGGUAAUCGAAUACUGGCUACGUGCUUUACAAAGAAAUGGAUAUAUUUCUAUAACUAAAACAAAGCUAACGUUUUUAUUUAUGGUCGGUAGUGCUCUCCUUUUCUAUCUAAUGCGAUUAGAAGGAGAUAAGGAUGAAAGAACGCCGUUACUUUGGCUCUUCACUGUGGAAAAAGUAAGACACAAAAAAGACGAACUAGAUAACGUUUGUCCGCACAAAGGCUCUUGCUUACAACAUAUAUCUCAGGGUGCCCUCAAGUACUUUGGAAUAGGUUUUGGUAUCAAUGUGGCCAGAGUGCUACUAUCAAGAUUAUCUUCUCCAUGGAAGGCCAUUUUACGAGCAAGACAUUUUGACUUAGCGCUUUUCUUCGCGAGUUAUAUUGGUAUUUACAGAGCUGUAAUAUGUUACUUGUGUCGUAAGAGAGGUGUCGACUCCGCAAUGUACGCGUUACCUGCUGGAUGUCUCGCAGGACUUUCAUUCAUUUUCAAACCUAGUUUAGGGUUUGCAAUAGCAUCAUUGACAGGAGCUUUUAAGCUUUUCUCAACGAUUCUAUACGAGAAAGAAAUUUUAACAGAUAGAGUGCCUUUACCUGUUAUUAUGUAUUGCUUGUCUCAAGGACUGUUGUUCCAUACAAGAAUGAUGGAUCCUGAAGUAUGUCCGCAGUAUAUAUUCAAAGUUAUGUCUAGUGUUAGUAAUGGAAGAUCUGAUGAAUUGCACGCGAAUCUAUUAAAAUGUGUUAGUAAA